AGAAUCGUUUACACACUUGUGAUUCUUUAAUAAUCCUCUGACUCUCUUACGCUACGCAUGCGCUUGUGAAGUUGUUGUCUACCAGCAAAAAAAGUUGUUUUUCCACAUAUGACAUCCCUGAAAUCUAGAAUUUCAUUCAUUCUCAGCGUGAGAAAUCGUUAACUGUCCGCAUUUAUAAACAUGGAAGCCUUAUUUUUCUCCUGCUCAAACUUGCUGUUUUUUCUUCUAAUGAAAACGAUGAACUCAUCUUAUGCGCAGAGGGAGAACACAAGUAAGUGGUUGUAUUGUUAGUAUUUCUCUCACGCUUCUUCACAGAUUAUCGUCUAAUUAGUUCUGCAUGUUGUGAUCUCGUAUCGCCUUACCACGCUCAUUUGUGCCGACGUUUUUAAAAAAAUCAAUAUUGAAUGUUUUUCACGCUUUGGGAACGUCAACUUAACCGGUGCUCAAACUUGGUGGACCCUCGACAACUUGAUCACAAAAUAGGACAAGAUGCAGCAGAACGGAUGGCGCGUGCAUUUUUUCACCUUGUGAUUCUUGUAAAUUACUUGUCACCGACAUGAAGACACAAAGCAUGAACACUUUCGUUUACUGGAAGUCUAACUUUUCACGACAUAGUCGCUUUAAUGUCGAGUACAGAUAUGAUGUCCAUAAUCCUUGGACUCGCGUGUCUUGUUCGCGACCCCCAUAUGAUCGUAACGCCAGCGAAGAAAUGAGCUGUCUUUUCCUGACUUGUGCGACGACUGCCGUAAAUCCAUUUUAUGGUGAGAUUUACGAAAUUCGUCUCAACGCUUACGAGAAUGAAACUACAAAGUGUAACUCGUCAACGUACCUAUAUGAGCCUGCAUUGAACAAUAUUCCGGCAAGGAUAACUGACGUGAAUAUUUCAAGAAUUUCGUCGCUUUCUGCGAACAUCAGCUGGGAACGUCCUCUUAAUUCUUGCAACAAGUCAAAGUAUUGUCUGGAACUUAUAUAUCGGAAAGAAGAUGGAAAAAUAAACAAAACCAAGACAAUCUCGUCUACAUCCAUGACAAGCCGCUCAACGAUAGUGAAAGGCCUAGAGGUUGAUACAAAUUAUACGUUGUUCCUUGUUGCCUAUCAAGAAUACAUGUGCUCAAGGCAGCCCUUUCUUUUGUGGACGAGUGAACCGUUCUAUCUGCCAUCUGUACGGAUGAUUAUUUACGAUUCGUCUGCCAUCGAUUUCAGCAAUUUUGUUGCAACAAUAUCAUGGAGAACUGCCACUCUUUCAUGGCAAGUAAGUCCAUCGGAAUAUAGUGUCCAUUACAAAUAUGGAGACGUUGCAAAUUCAAAUUGGUCAAGAUCAGACAGUGUUAUUCAACAAGACAUUUCAAGAAAUAUUUUUACGUGCAAAUUUCUCAACUGUUCCACAGUCGAACUUCGUCCGUACUUAGUUCAAAUACGUUUUCAAGGCAAGGGAAAUCGUUCGGAUAAUGUCUUGCAUUUCAAUCCUCAUCUUAAAAAUGCUGUUGAUCGUGUACAUGAUGUCACCGUAACUGCGAUGUCUUCAUCUUCAAUGCGAGUAGCUUGGAGACUGCCACCACCAUCUUGCUCCAAAUUCAAAUACUGUUUAACAUUUCUUUACCACGAACGGGACUCAAGUAAUAAGACAAUUGACGUUAAAGAUGUCGAAAUGUCCAACGAAUUUAUUGUUGUACGCGAUCUUCUAUCAUACAAAAGAUACUGGUUCUAUGCUGUGACGUAUACUGUGAGGUAUUCUCCCAAUAUGGGUUGCCUGCAUCACUCUAAUUACUCCCGUCAUGCAACAGGACCUUUCGUUAAUGUAACCUUUGAAGACGAUGACUUGAAUUCUGAGGCAAAGAGAUCAUCAGAUGCAUUACUAAUAUCAUUAGCAGUAACACUACCACUUCUCUUUAUUAUCGUCUUUGGACUUUUUCUAUUGUACAAGUGGAAUACUUCCAGAAAAAGGUCGUCUCCUCCUGCAGAGAUUAUAGACCUACAAUCUAUACUGCCCGACACAAUUGGAACAUCCAGUUUUUCUCAUCACUUUGAAAAUCUCUCUUACGUAUCACUUACAGAUACCGCUGACGACAAAACCAAUGCAAAAUCAUUCAACUCUGCCAAUCAAGAGUAACCUGCGUAUUGUUUUCAUGGUUGUCCUUUAUGCUUGUAUUGUGAAAAAUUCGUGGAAUGCUUGACGCAUGUUAUGAUUUAUCAUAUGAUCGUCAUAACAAAGUGCGUCCAUUCUGCUGUUGUUGCCGUGUUUAUUUUGUUUUUGUGAAAGGAAUCCUCCACAUCACCAUGAUCCCAUAAUGGAAAAAUUUAUCAUCAUUUCCUCUUAUCGUGUCUGUACUGGAAUUCUAGCUGCAUUACAUGUUUACACAGCGGUCUCUUCGACCACAAACUGAGUUGUUUUUUUCAAUGAAUGAACGUAGUAAGAAUAUAUAGCCUGUGAACUGACCUUUUAAGAGUUAGAAACUACGUAAUCAACAAUUAGCGAGAGAAACCUUGGGCUCAAAUAAAUGUCUCUGUACAGCUUACCCUAUUUUAUACUUUACACGUCUUUGCGUGAUUUCAAAAUUAUCUUGUGACAACAACGUCUAGACCAUUUCAUGACAAGAGAUUUUGCAAGAAGAUAAUUAGAUUUCUGAUGCUUUCCUAGCCCCUUAGGGUUUGUUUUUUCGAGCCAGCUUAGCCGUGAAUUGAUGUAAUUCAUUUAAUUUUCACCGAAAAUAGGACAAUCCUUUUACUUUAACACGAUUCAUAUGUAAUAGUAAAACUAUGACGUUUUUGGUCGUAAAAUAUACUCGAGUCACAAGGGAACGAUGAAAGAUCCUUCAAGUGGGAUUCUACCUUCUCAUAUCAAGUUUCAUUCUUAAAAACAUCGCGACGAUACAUCGUUGAAUCGUCAGUAAGUGACACAGGCACUGAAUACAAACAUACGAGAUUUCGAUUCUUCUUGCCAUCGUAUUUACUUCGCUUUGGAUUUUUUCAACUCCCAAAUAUGAGGAAAUUUUUCUUCAUCGUACUUGUGUUCUUCGCUAUUUUCAACCACUUGGUAUGGUCUCUUCCAUCAGGCAAAGAUUGCAAAAAGUUCAACAGUCAAGUCCCGAAGCCUAGACUGAUGUACAUGUUGGGAGGUACGAUCCGCGUCAUGUGGGACGAAAAGAAUUCCGUUGGCGUAGCGUACAAACCUUAUUCGUGCUCAAAAUCAGUUGUGACGUAUCCUAACGUUGCCUUGGAUAACAAAUGCCCAAAGUUCAAAGGGAUGACUCUGUGUUACGUGACGAAAACGGAGAACUCCCUGACAUCUCGAGAAUGUAGUAUGGCAGCCUCUGCAUCGCAUGAAUAUUUGAUAUAUCUCUCAGCUGAUGACGGAACAUGCCAAGGAAAGAGUCAAGAGUUAAAAAUACAACCUAAUUUGAGCAUUGCUUACCCAGACCCAGUACCCAAGUUCAUUGUGUACAAAGGGAAGAACAGUUAUUUCAUUGAAUGGACGAAGUCAUUGCGUUAUGUUCAACUCCUGUAUAAUUUGCAAUGUCGGUCCUCUAACUCGACCAGCCGCCUCCGAUGCUGCAUACGCGUAACCCUACCUCAUAAAAUCUCACCCAACUACUCAGAGACUUGCAAAUACGCCGAGGACACAGCUAUACCAACGACAAUCAAAUGCAAACGUUCCCAUCAAUGUAUUCAAGCAAAUGUAAAGAAUUUGAGAAACUUUGGUGGACCCAUCAUGCCAGAUGAUUCUAGUUGGCCACACUCUCCUCCUGCGAUGAUGUUAAAAGUUAUGUGAGGCGAACGAUACUAUAGUCUGCCUUCUCAAUAGUUUAUAGAGCGCAUCCUUGGACCAUUAUAUAUAUCGUUUUUGGUGCAUUUUUGACAGCAAUUGAUUGGCCAAGCCAGUUAAAAAAUGUAAAUGUAGAAGAGUGUCUAGUACAUCAGUAGUAUUUUUAAUCAUUGUGUAUCUCUUGGAUUGGCAAUAAAAUUUCAUUUUUCUUAUUGCUAUACAA